GUCGCGCCCUUCCUGCCGUGUGUGCGCGCUGUCCCCGCAGAGUCGCGGCAUGGCGGACCCGGAGGCGUUGGGCUUCGAGCACAUGGGUCUCGACCCCCGGCUCCUGCAGGCCGUCGCCGACCUGGGCUGGUCGCGACCCACGCUGAUCCAGGAAAAGGCCAUCCCGCUGGCCCUGGAGGGGAAGGACCUGCUGGCUCGGGCCCGCACGGGCUCGGGGAAGACGGCCGCGUAUGCCAUUCCCGUGCUGCAGCUGCUGCUCCACAGGAAGGCGACAGGCCCUGCAGUAGAGCAGGCUGUGAGAGGGCUUGUCCUGGUGCCCACCAAGGAGCUGGCGCGGCAGGCCCGGUCCAUGAUCCAGCAGCUGGCUGCCUACUGCGCUCGAGAUAUCCGGGUGGCUGACGUCUCCGCUGCCGAAGACUCAGCCUCUCAGCGAGCUGUGCUGAUGGAGAAACCCGACAUAGUCGUGGGGACCCCAUUGCGCAUCUUGAACCACUUGCAGCAGGACAAUUUGGUCCUGCGAGACUCCCUGGAGCUGCUGGUGCUGGAUGAGGCCGACCUUCUGUUCUCCUUUGGAUUCGAGGAAGAACUCAAGAGUCUGCUCUGUCAUCUGCCCCGGAUUUACCAGGCUUUUUUGAUGUCGGCUACCUUUAACGAGGAUGUCCAAGCACUCAAGGAGCUGGUACUCCAUAAUCCAGUGACUCUCAAGCUGCAGGAGUCCCAGCUGCCGGGGCCAGACCAGCUGCAGCAGUUCCAGGUAGUCUGUCAGACAGAGGAAGAUAAGUUCCUGCUGCUCUAUGCCCUGCUCAAGCUGUCAUUGAUCCGCGGCAAGUCCCUGCUCUUUGUCAACACUCUGGAGAGGAGUUACCGGCUGCGCCUGUUCCUGGAGCAGUUUAGCAUCCCCACCUGCGUGCUCAACGGAGAGCUCCCGCUGUGCUCCAGGUGCCACAUCAUUUCACAGUUCAACCAGGGCUUUUACGACUGCGUCAUAGCGACUGACGCCGAAGUCCUGGGGGCUCCGGUCAAGGGCAAGCGUCGGGGCCGAGGAUCCAAAGGGGACAGGGCCUCUGAUCCGGAGGCAGGCGUGGCCCGGGGCAUAGACUUCCACCACGUGUCUGCUGUGCUCAACUUUGACCUUCCCCCCACCCCUGAGGCCUACAUCCAUCGAGCUGGCAGGACGGCACGCGCCGACAACCCGGGCAUGGUUUUGACCUUCGUGCUGCCCACUGAGCAGUCCCACCUGGGCACCAUCGAGGAGCUUCUCAGCGGAGAGAAUGGGGCCCCCGUACUGCUUCCCUACCAGUUCCGCAUGGAGGAGAUUGAGGGCUUCCGCUACCGCUGCCGGGAUGCCAUGCGCUCAGUGACCAAACAGGCCAUUCGAGAGGCGAGGUUGAAGGAGAUCAAGGAGGAGCUUUUGCACUCAGAGAGGCUCAAGACGUACUUUGAAGACAACCCCCGGGACCUCCAGCUGUUGCGGCACGACCUGCCCUUGCACCCUGCCGUGGUGAAGCCUCACCUGGGCCACGUCCCUGACUACCUGGUCCCCCCUGCUCUGCGUGGCCUCGUCCACCCUCACAAGAAGCGGAAAAAGCUGGCCUCCAAGAAGGUCAAGAAGGCCAAGACCCAGAAUCCCCUGCGCAGCUUCGGGCACAGAAAAGAGAGAAGCAGACCCACAGCCGUGCCUUCCUGAGGUCAUCUGCGCAGCCUCGCUGGCUCCCAGGGCCCCUUCCCAGGCUGAGCGCCGAGCAGGGUGCAGGCGCCGGCUUCCCACCCUGGCUGGACUGGAUUCCGGAGCAGGCCCAUGGUGCUGCCCUGCUCGCCUAAUAAACUCCAUCCGUCCUGACUCAGGCUUCCUGCAAGUAGGAAGGGAUGCCUAUUCCUGGGAACCUUGGGAAUUAAACUGCUUCCGGGAGGUUUUCUGCCUGGUGUGUGUGGCGG